UUUCCCCCAUUUCCCAGGCGGUGCCUGCUGACCCCAUUUUCCCCCCAUUUUUCCCAUUUUCCCUAUUUUUUCCCCCAAACCUUGGCCAGUCCCUGCUGAGCCCUCUCUCCCCAGGAGGAAGAGGAUGAAGGCCGGCUGCAGCAUCGUGGACAAGCCCGAGGGAGGAGGGGGCUACCACUUCCCCGAGUGGGCGUACAAGACGGAGUCCAGCCCCGGCUCGCGGCAGAUCCAGCUGUGGCACUUCAUCCUGGAGCUGCUGCAGAAGGAGGAGUUCCGGCACGUCAUCGCCUGGCAGCAGGGCGAGUACGGCGAGUUCGUCAUCAAGGACCCCGACGAGGUGGCGCGGCUCUGGGGGCGCCGCAAGUGCAAGCCGCAGAUGAACUACGACAAGCUCAGCCGCGCCCUCAGAUAUUACUACAACAAGAGGAUCCUGCACAAGACCAAGGGCAAAAGAUUCACCUACAAAUUCAACUUUAACAAACUGGUGAUGCCCAAUUAUCCCUUCAUCAACAUCCGGCCCAACGGCGUGGUUCCGCAGAGCGCCCCGCCCGUGCCCACGGCCUCCUCGCGGUUCCAUUUCCCCCCUCUGGAGCCGCACUCUCCCACCGAGGAGGGCCCGGGCCGCUUCGCCGCGGCCUCGCUGCUGCCGCCGCACGCCGAGCCGGCGCUGCCGGACCCCGAGCGCAAAGCGGAGCCCGCCGAGCUGGAGGAGAGCGCCCCGGACUGGCGCCGGGACCUGCUGGCGCCGCCGCACGCCGCCACGGCCGCGGCGGGGCCCAAGCGCAAGCCCGAGGUGGUGCUGCCGCUGUUCUCGCGGCCCGGCAUGUUCCCCGAGCACCCUCACAGCCCCUUCGCCGUGUCGCCGCUGCCGGGCCGCCCCGGCGUGCUCAACGUGCCCAUCUCGCCGGCGCUGUCGCUGACGCCCACGCUCUUCUCGUACAGCCCUUCGCCGGGGCUCAGCCCGUUCGCCGCCGCCGGCAGCAGCUGCUUCUCCUUCAACCCCGAGGAGAUGAAGCACUACCUGCACUCGCAGGCCUGCUCCGUGUUCAACUACCACCUGAGCCCGCGGACUUUCCCCCGCUACCCGCUGGUGGUGCCGCCGCUGCAGUGCCCGGUGCCGCUGGAGGAGCAGCCGCAGUUCCCCAUCAAGCUGCAGCCGCCGCCCGCCGGCCGCAAGAACCGCGAGCGGCUGGAGAGCCCCGAGGGCGCCGCCACCACCAACAGCAGCAGCAGCAGCAGCAAUGCCGAGCCGCCCCGCGUCAAGGUGGAGCCCGACAGGGAGGAGGAGCGGGAGGAGGAGAAGCGGGAGGAAGAGCAGGAGGAGGAGGGGGAGGAGAAGGCCGCGGUGUUCGCCCGCCCGGCCGCUCCGGCGUGGGUGCCCAUCCCGCCUCAGCCCGGCUCAUCCGGAGAGGAGAGCGUGGAGAAACAACCCGGGGAUGCCGCGGCCGGGCAGGAGAGGAGGGAGGACGCCCUGAUGCCCCCCAAGCUGCGGCUGAAGCGGCGCUGGAACGGCGAUUCCCGGCAGGAAAUGCCCGAGGAGCCGCGGCCCAACGGGGUCUGGCACCUGCCCAAAGCCGUGGCCGCCGCCUCCGACACCUAAUCCCGGCUGGAACGACAAAACAACACCACAAAAAACAAAAACAACAACAACAAAACCUUGGCAAACAAACACCCGGAGGAGAAAUCCGUGUAUUUAUGUAGCAAGGUUGCAGAGCAGUUCGGGCUAAGGGCGGGGAGGGGGGCGCGGGGCAGGGCCGGGGUUUUGGGGGGUUUUUCGGGGGUGGGAGAAGGGAGGGGGGCGGGCAGCUUCGGCCUUUGUGUUGUUUCUGUUGUUGACUUGCAGGUGAAGACGCAGCAGCCGGAAUUCCCGCAAUUCCCGCUCGCUUUUCCCGGGAAAAGCCGGCUCGAGCUCCAGGACUGGCACGGAGGGGUUCCAGGCUCGGGGCUUUUUGGGACACCGGGAAUCUCCACAUCCAGGGGGUGUUGGUUUUUCUUUUGGGAAUUUUUAUUUUUUUUUAUGGAUACGAGGAUUCCCCGGCCAUCCAGGAGCUGGUUUGGUUCAUUUUUUUGUUGGGUUUUUUUUUUUUUUUGUUUGGUUUUUUGGGAAAAGGAGGAGCUUGGGAAUUUUGCAUCGGGAAUUUUGCACUGUCCACGGAGCGGGGUUUGGGGCGGGGGGAAGAGGAUUCAGGAAAACUCGGAAAAUCGGGAUGGAGGCCGCGUCGUUCCCGGCGGAUUUCCGGGGAAAAUUCCCCUUUUCCCGCCUUUCUUUCUCUCUCUCUCGCAGAAGCCAUGAGCAAAACUCCAAACUUUUUCAGGGAACGGGAACGGGAAUAACACAAAAUUAACCGGAUGCCUUUAAUCCUAACGCAUUAAAAAUGUUGGGGUUUGGUGUUUUUUUUUUCCCCUCCCUUUGGUUUUCGUGUGCCCGGAGCGGGAGGUUUUUUUUUUUUGUUUUCCCCGCUGCGGGAUCCGUGUGGGUGGAAUUUUUUGGGAAUGCUUGGAAGGAGCGCUGGAAUGAUUGUGGUGAGUCCCGGGAGCGCCGGAAUUCCCGGCGCCAUCCCCAGAUUUUUUUGGACCCUCCCCCUUUCUCCCCGUUUGACUCAUGCCUUAAAGAAGAAGAAAAAAAAAAAAAAAAAACAAAAAAAAAAGAAAAGCGAACCACGUUUGGACUUUUUCUGGGAAUUUCUGAAUCCGGGAGCGCUCGGAUUUGGCGGAUCCUGCCCGGAUUUUGGGGGCGGAUCCCGAAUCUCGCUGUUCUGCCUCCGGGCUGUGCUCCCAGCGGGACGAGGAGCCAGGAAUUCCCAAGGAUUCGCUCUGGGAGCAGCAAGGCCGGGAAUUCCCUGCUGGAAGGAGCGGAAUUCCCAAAAUCCCGACCCGGCCGGGUCCGGGAGCCUCGGAAUGUGGAGCUCUAAGGGUUUGGGGUGGAAAACCCCUGGAUUAUCCCAAAAAAAAAAACCCCACAAAAUAACACAAAAAAAAAAAACGAACCCGGAGAGGGCGCGAGGAGGAACUCAGGAAUUACACAGGAGGCCUUUCCCGGAAUUCCCGCCGCCGAUCCCAAAUCCAAGUGCCGGAACCGUCGGGAAAAAGCAGAAACAAAAAACACGGGGGGAAAACGCCGGAAUUUUCAUGUUUUCAUUUUUUCCCCCCCCUCUUCCGAUCCUUCGGGUUCGAGGCGAGAUCCCAGGGAGGAGAAGGAGGAAAGUUGGAAUCGUUGUGGCUUUAAAAAAAAAAAAAGGAUUUUUUGGGAUUGGGGGUUUUUUUGGGAAGGGUGGGAAUGUUGGGGUUUUUUUUUUGUUUUUCCACAGCCAUUGCACUGCAAAAAAAAAAAAAAGACAAAAACGAGAAAAAAAAUGAAAAUAAAAAUAACUUGGGAGAGUUCAGGGAAUUCCGGACUCAGGACGACGGAUCCGGCGCCUCUCGGGAAUUCCAGGAUUCCCAACGGAGCCCGGGAGCAGGAAGAAAAAAUAAAAAUAAAAGCAGGAAGAGGAAGGAAAAACAAAAAAAAUAAAAAAAGCAGGAAGAGGAGAAGGAAAAGGUGUAAAAAAAAAAACUGGAUUUAAAGGAAAAAAAAAAAAAUGAAUCAACCAGAUCCAAAUUUUAUGGAGAAAAAAAAAAUCGGAAGUUUCAAGGAAAAAUUGCUCAAAUUCCAGCGUGCCAAACCAUUUAAUAGAAAACACCCUCGGGAAGUUGGGAAUGGUUGGAAUUCUCUCCUGGAUGAAUUUGCCCCGGAGCAUGAUCCCGUUUUUUUCCAGCCGUUUUUGUUUUUGUUGGUAAUUUCGCUUCUUUUUUGUAGCAAAUCCGUAGGAAAAAUAUGAAAAAAAAAAGGACAAAAAACAAAAAAAAAGAGAGACUUUUUGAUGGGACAGCCCCAAAAAGGGGGAAUUUCUGAGGAGGAAUUUCCCAAAAAAGGAAGAACAGGAGGAAAAAUCCAACAGCAUUAAUGGGGUUGUCCCGGAUUUUUUAUUUAUUCCAUAAUUAUGUUGAGGUUUUGUAUUAUUUUAAGCUGUUUUUUCCGUUGGUUUCUUUCCUUUUUUUCGCGUCUCCGCGUCCUGGUGGGAUUGAAAAAAAAAAAAACCAGGAAUUUUCUCUCGGUUGAAAUCAUCAAAAAUCCGGAAAAACUUUGGAUUUUCCGGGGAAAAACUUUGAUUUUUUUGUUUUUUUUAGCGCUUUUUAAACCGGUAUUUACGCUUUUCUUUGGGUUCCAAAAACCCCUUUUUCGAGGGAUUUCGAGGGAUUUGAACUCUCCCCGGUGGGAAUCCGGCAGGAAUCCAUCGGGAAAAUUGAUGGAAUUUGGGAUGGGGAGUGUGGCUUUGUACAUAGGGUGUAAAGUAGAGGGGCAAAAAAACAAAAAAAAAAAGACAAAAAAUCCGAAAUUUGUGCCUUUAAAAAAAAUUCCGAUUUCUAUAAAAAUCAGAUUUAAAAAAAAAGGGUUGCAUAUAUAUAUUAUAUAUAUAUAUGAUGGAGUGCUAGAGAAAUUUAUGGAUAAUAUACAUAUUUUUUUCCAGGGGUAUCCCAUAGCUCCGUAUUUUGUUAUGGAAGUUGAAAAAAAAAAAAACGGAAAAAAGGAAAAAAAAAAAACCUGAAAAAUAAAAGUAUUUUACCUCGAAUUCAAAACGUUAAAUAAAAACCUUUUAACAGA